GAACAAGAAGCAAGCCCGACAGCACCCAUCCCUUGAGAAAACCGAUAAAACAUGAUCUGCUCUGCUCUUCCUCCCCUGUCCACCGGUGAUGCUAGGUAUGAAUUUCUGGGCUUUUUCGGCCCCAUGAGCUUCCCCUGCACUUCCCGCCGGUCUCCCCAAGCCACAGCUCCAGUUUUUGCUGGAAUUCUGGUGCUGUUAUGGCUUAGAGCAUUGAGAUUGAGUCCUCGGUUUAUGCGAUUGAGGAGGCGAAGUCAAGGACAGGGAAAAACGAGGAGAGUGACGAGUUAGAAAGCUAGCCACCUGUAAUUUGAUAUAGAUUUUAGAUAUAGAUCAUGAUCUUGUAAGUUAGAGUUUAAAUGGGAGAUUUUAUAAAUUCAUUGAAUGGAU